AUGGUUGAUGAUGGAAACCGUGUUAGUGGGGAGAGAAAAAAAGAAAACUUCAUCAACAAAAUAACUGGGAGAAAUAUGACUAAUUUUGAGAGGCUUCUCGAAUGUUCGGCUCCACGUGUCCCAGUUCGGUAUUAUACCGAGAGAAAGGGAUCGUCGUCGUCUUCGUCAAGUGCUUCAGGAGCCAAAGUAGGUGAUGAAGAAGUCCGAAGGCCUUGCAUCGUACUUGACGAUAUCUGGUCUGCCCUUGAGGAGUGGAGCUCUUUUGGUCGCGAAGUUCGCAUUUCCGUGGAUGGCUUCGACGAAAUGGUUAAAUACCACCUUGUUCCUUACCUCUCUGCCAUUCAGAUCUUCACCAUCAAACCCUUCAGUGAUGAUGAUCCAAGGAGCUCUGCCAUUGGAACGGAUGGUACAGUGACAGGAUCUGCUGAAACUGACUCUUCAAGCAAACCAAUUGUGAAUGCUGGAUCUGCUGAACCUGACUCCUCAAGCAAGGCAAUUGUGAAUGAUGGAUCUGCUGAACCUGACUCCUCAAGCAAGCCAAUUGUGAAUGCUGGAUCUGCUGAACCUGACUCCUCAAGCAAGUCAAUUGUGAAUGCUGGAGCUGCUGAACCUGAAUCUUCAAGCAAACCAAUUGAGAAUGCUGAUCACAUGGGCUACCUUUAUUAUCAGUUUAAUGAGACAGAAAAGCCAUAUGACAGGUUUCCACUUACUCUCAAGUUUACUGAUGAUCUAGCUGAGAAGCACCCUGGAUUGUCUACUCUGAAGAGUUCAGAUCUUUCUCCUUAUAGCUGGAUUGCUAUUGCUUGGUAUCCCAUUUAUUCAAUUCCAUCUGUGCCAAAUAAAAAGGGUAUGGCUGCCGCUUUCCUGACAUACCAUUCGCUGAAGCCAAUGUUUCCAGAAACAACUGAUAAAGAUGUUAAGGGGAAAGAAGAAGGAGUUUUAGGUGAAAGGGAAGUUGAACUGCCUGCAUUUGCUGCAGUGACUUACAGGGCCGUUGGUGAUGUGUGGAUCAUGCCUGGGACACCAGACAAGCUGACGAUAGAGAUGUAUGAACAAGCUGCGUCCUCGUGGCUGAGAACAGUCAGCUUCUUUCACAACGACUUCAACUUCUUUAUGUCCCAGAAGUUUUUUCGUGGAAAGCCCAAAAACAAAUGAUGUGGUCGCCAUAUGAAAACAUUCUGCCGUUAAGGAAGUAUCUCUUUCUCUUUCUCACUCUCUCCUUCUCAGACUCUUUCUCAGACUCCUUCUCAGACUCUUUCCCAGUCUCUUUCUCAGACUUUGAUGGUUAUGUUUUGCUUCUGCUGUUAUUUACUUUGAGGAUUUUGUUUCUUUGAAAUUUUCAAGUGGAUAUUACUUGCUAAUAUUUGGGGGUCAACAGGCUCUAUUUGAUCA